AGCGCCAGCGCCGAGCGAUCUGUGCGUCUCUCUGCAAUAAGUGUCUGAUAAGAAGCAAUAAACCCGGGGACAUAAAGGCAGCUCCUCCCGGUGUGCGCCAUGGGCGACGGAGCGUCAAACUUCCGGAGCAGCAGCAGCAGCAGGACCGGCGUCUCGUCCCCAGGAGCCCGCAGGACCGGAGCGGAUCCCCGCAGAGCCGCUGGGAGUCUGGGCUGAAAAGGGAAGAAGAAGCGGAUCAGCGCCGGACUGGGUUCUGGACGAGCCGUCAUGAAAACCCACUGUGACAGUUCUUGAUGUUCUUCACAAAACAAGGUUCACAUCUGGGCUGCUGUGCUGGACCUGGUCCCCUUUGGAUCUGUGCUGGACCUGGUCCCUUUGGAUCUGUCCUCUCUCAGAGACCCGGAGGCACAGAGGGACAUGAGACCCUUUGGGCUUUGAAAUAAGCGAUUACAGCCAUAUUAUAUAAUCAAUAAGUUAUAUCGAUCUUUGGAUUUUUUGUGUGUUUUGCACUAUGAUGGAACCACCACCAUGCUCGAAGAAGAGCCUGUCCCUGUCGCUCCCGGUCCCCAGGGAGGGACAGGCGACCCUGAAGCCCCCCCAGCAUCUGUGGAGACAGCCCCGGACCCCCAUCAAGAUCAAGCACCGGGGCUACUCCGACACCUGCCACCGGCACAUGGAGCGCUCGGACGCCGUGGACCGGAGCGACCGGCCCGGGCUGAAGAAGUCCCGCAUGUCCUGGCCGUCCUCCUUCCACGGGACCACCAACACGUCCAUCGGGAACUGCGUGGGGAACAAACGCUUCGAUUCGGAGAAUGGUCCUUCGCCGGGUCGCAGUCCCAUGGAUUCGCAGGCGAGUCCUGGGGUGGUGCUGCAUCCUUCCUUCCCCCAGAGUCAGCGCAGGGAGUCCUUCCUGUACCGCUCGGACUCCGACUAUGACACAUCGCCCAAAACCAUGUCACGCAACUCCUCCAUCAACAGUGAGGGGCACGCCGAAGACAUGAUCGUCACCCCUUUCGCUCAGGUGUUGGCCAGCCUACGAACUGUAAGAAGCAACUUCACCAUCCUCGCCAAUGUCACAACACCCACUAACAAGAGGUCACCAGUGACAAGCCAACCCACUGUUCCCCAAGCUACACUCUCUGAGGAGACGUACCAGCAGAUGGCUCGGGAGACUCUGGAGGAGCUGGACUGGUGUCUGGACCAGCUGGAGACCGUUCAGACCCACCAGUCCGUCAGCGAGAUGGCCUCCAACAAGUUCAAGAGGAUGCUGAACAGGGAGCUGUCCCAUUUGUCAGAGAUGAGUCGCUCAGGGAACCAGGUGUCAGAAUACAUCUCCACUACCUUCCUAGAUAAGCAGAAUGAGGUGGACAUCCCGUCCCCGACCUUGAGGGAGCGGGAGAAGCCCAUGUGUCACAUCAGCGGCGUGAGGAAGCUCACGCACAGCUCCAGCCUUUGCAACUCCACCAUGCCUCGCUUCGGCGUGAAGACAGAACACGAGGAUGCAUUAGCCAGGGAGCUGAGCGACUUGAACAAGUGGGGCCUUAAUAUCUUUCGCGUGGCAGAAUUCUCUAAUAACAGACCCCUCAGCUGCACAAUGUUUGCCAUUUUCCAGGAGAGAGAUCUAUUGAAGACCUUUCGGAUCCCAGUGGACACAUUCGUCACCUAUGUCAUGACCCUGGAGGACCACUACCACGCCAACGUGGCUUACCACAACAGCCUCCAUGCUGCAGAUGUCACUCAGUCAACUCACGUCCUGCUGUCCUCACCAGCUCUAGAUGCGGUGUUCACGGAUCUAGAGAUUCUAGCUGCGUUAUUUGCCGCUGCCAUCCACGAUGUGGAUCAUCCAGGAGUGUCCAACCAGUUCCUCAUAAACACCAACUCGGAGUUGGCCCUCAUGUAUAACGAUGAGUCUGUGCUGGAGAAUCAUCACCUGGCUGUGGGCUUCAAGCUGCUUCACGAGGACAACUGUGACAUCUUCCAGAACCUCAGCAAGAGGCAGAGACAGAGCCUGAGGAAACUCGUCAUCGAUAUGGUUUUGGCGACAGAUAUGUCAAAACACAUGAGUUUGUUGGCGGAUCUCAAGACGAUGGUGGAAACCAAGAAGGUGACAAGUUCUGGAGUACUGCUGCUCGACCACUACAAUGAUCGGAUACAGGUUUUGAGGAACAUGGUGCACUGUGCUGACCUGAGCAAUCCCACCAAGCCCCUGGCCGUGUAUCGACAAUGGACGGAGAGAAUCAUGGAAGAGUUCUCCAGGCAGGGAGAUAAGGAGAGGGAGCGAGGGAUGGAGAUCAGUCCCAUGUGCGACAAACACACAGCGUCUGUGGAGAAGAGCCAGGUGGGAUUCAUCGACUACAUUGUCCAUCCGCUGUGGGAGACAUGGGGCGACCUGGUGCACCCCGAUGCCCAGGACAUCUUGGACACUCUGGAGGACAACAGGGACUGGUAUCAGAGUAAUAUCCCACAAAGCCCAACGCCACCUCCUGUUGACAAGGAUCUGAACGCCUGCAUGGACAAAUUUCAGUUUGAGCUCACCCUUGAAGACAGUUCUCCGAUAGAUCAGGGAGACGAGGGUGACAGGCCCACACCGAACCACGUGGUGCAGGUCAUUCAGGCGGAGGAGGAGGAGGAUAAAAAAGAAGAAGAGGAAGAUACGAUGGCUGUGGAGGAAAUUGAGGACACAAUAGAAGAAGAAGACGAGGUGGCGAUGGAUGAGGAGGAGGUGGAGGAUGAGCAGGAGGAGGAACUGAAGACUCAUCUGGAGGUGACAUCGGAAAAGGAGAGACUUUCUGACACAAGUCCUGUAGAGGAAGAGGAGGAUUCUUCUUCACAAGCUGAAGAUACAUGAGUUCUGCUCUUGUAUCGACCUCCUCACUUGCACACAUUAACUUGUUCAUCCUUUCCAUGGCCAAACCAAGAACAAAUAAGACUGCAAUGACAAUACAGACCUUUAAAUAUAUUUUUCAAAAAGGGAAAAAAUAAAAAAUCGCCUAAAGAGAAGUUAAUUACACAGCAACUGUAGAUUUGGAGCGGCGACAAGUCCUUCGGCAUAUUUUCACGAUGAACUUUGAACUGAGGGGAAUUUAGAGGAGCGUUAUCGAAGGGCAACUGAAGACGGCGUAGCACUCUGGGACUGGAAAUGCACACACAGAAACACACAUGAAGUGACACACACACACAUAUGAGACACUAGAGCAGGAGACCACACAAAGAACACACCAAUGCAAUGUGUGUGUGCCUGCAUCUGUCAUGCGGGACAAUGUAGUCCAUAUGUACACACACACACACACACUUGACUGUAUGUUUGUAUGUGUGCAUUCACAUGAGGGACACUGAUCAGUAAAGAAUCUCUUUGGAAAAAGCCAUCUCUUAACGAAGUAUUAACUAGUGUUCAGUCAGUAUUAGUAAUUCAUGUUUGUUAGAAUCUCAACAGAAACCGUUCUCCUCAGAAAAGCUACAGUCCAAGUGACUUUUUUUUUUUUCCAUUUCUGUCGGAAAGAAAAAAUUAGAAAAUCCACAGAGUUGGAGGAGGAAGAGGAGAGAGGAAGAAAACAGAUGUAAGGAGAGGAAGAUGCUGCGACGAAGGGGCCUCCGGGUCCCGUUCCCCUUUUCCCUUUACGAGGAGAGUGCUACUGGUGCAAGAUGGCUCUGUGCCUUUCUGAAACACCAGCUUCCUGAUGGGAGCUGUCGUGAAGCAAUGCAUUGUGGGACAGGAGUGUCUGAUUUUGUUAUCAUUUUUGAUUGUCUCUCCGUCAAGAUCUCUCUUUAUUGUUCAUGGUAUUGUGGUGUGUAUCUCACACGUACAGUUUCUGUGGUGAUAUGUUUUAAGUCUUCCUUUUGUUGCUCUUCUGGUGAUACAAUAACUCAGAACUCUAGAUGCAGAGCAAUCACUCCCAUCACCACCACAGCCCCCAGUGGACUCUUUCCAGCUUAUGGUUCUUUCUUAUUAGAAUGAUUUUUUUUUUUUACUUUCUGAGAAUAAGCCAUGAGAUGCUUCAAAGCAUAAGUUUUGCCUAUUUUCUAUUUAACACUUGCUUAAUAUGUUGAAGGGAUAAGGAAUUAUUUCAUCAGCAGAACAAAUCUCCACUCACUCGCUCAUCCCACAUCCCACUUGCACUCGUGUGUUCACGUCUCCUCAUUCUCAAACAGUUCUCGCCAAAGUAAAGGAUGAGAAACAUCGGUGCGUGGAGUGAUUUGAAGGAACGCUGAAGGCAGAAUGUCAGGGAAAGAAGCGUGACACGGCCAAAAGGAGCUCUGAAAGUCCCUCAACAUCCUUGUUAUGUUUGAUGCUUUUUUGCCUUAAUGUCAGAAGCAGGAUUCAUACCUGCGUGUAUGUAGAUUUCUAAGAUAUAUAAUAGAUAUCCCAGUAUAUUUAUAUCACGUCUGUAUGCUUCUUUCUGUGAGUAUCAGUGUGUCUAUACACGAUGUUUCCAGCAUUGCAUUCAGAGGGGAAAGGGAAACAUUGCUGCCAAUUAGUUGUAUGUUGUUUCUGUGUUUGGGCCAACGUAAAGAAUGUGUUGGGUUUUGUUUGUUAUCAGGAUGGUGAAAUGACGACUUCAUCGCUACCUAUAGGGGGCGUGCGGAGAAAAUGAGCAAUUGGGAGUUUUACAGGCGAUGAAAAUGAAUAUGGACGUCAUUUUGUUUGGAAUCUGACCAGAUAUUCAUUCGCUGAUGGAGUUAAGGCUUGUGUGAGUCUGUUUGCGUGGCUGGUUGUGUGUGUGUGGUCAUGAGUAAGCGAGUGAGUAACAGAAAGAGGUGGCAGGACGCUGAAGGUGUUGUCAUACGUGUCGUGUGCAUUCCCUCCCUGGCAUCAGCACAUGUCGUCCAACGGUGUUUCUAGGGUCCGAUCAGCACAGAUUAAAUAGGUCACAGUCUGUUUAGGUGUUUGUUUUCUCACAGGGUAAGACUAUUAAUAAUUAUUAUUAAGAACAUGAGUGUGGUUCUUUAGAGGGUAAGGGCAAGUUCCUGCAGGUCAGAAACUGAGCUCAUCUGAAGACACCACGGCUCGGUGCACCACACAGGCUUUCUACUGGUGGAAUGGGAAUCCAGGAUUACUCUUGCAGUCACUUAGAAUAAAAAAAAGAUUCCCGUAUGCAUCAGCCUUUUACUUUUAACGAUGUUGCUUUGUUUUUUGUGGCUUCUUGUUCUGUCAUAAGCUAUAAAAACAUUAAUAUUUAAUUGCCAUACAAACACGAUACUGUAGCAAUUGUUUCUUAUUAAGAAAAAUUAUUCAAUUGAUUGAUUGCUGCCAUUCUUUUUAAAUGAUGAAAAGAAAACCAUGGGAAGUGUUUUCUUUGAACAGUUUGUGUACAGUUUAUUUUUAUAUCAUUCUGGUGGAUGGUCUGGACAAUGAAUCACGUGUUUAUGACGAUAAUAGCUAUAAGCAUUACCACUCUUGUACAUAAUGUAAUAUUGGAUUGUAAAUUAUAAAUUUAUCCAAGUCCUAAUGAUUGAAAAAUAACCACUUGAGGUUGUUGAGUGAAACACUGAAGCACUGCAGGCCACAUCCUCACGUUUUCAUUCUAUUUUUGCUCACUUGUUCCAACAUUCUGUCACUUUUUUUUAAAUUGUGCACAUUUAUUGUUAAAAAAGAGUGAAUCCCUUUGUACCAGCACUUUAUUUCGUCAGGUUUUGAGGCAGACAGUGUGGGAUUGGGUUUGCUCAUUGGCACAGACACUUGUUGAUUCUCUCCCAUUGGGCCAAAUCACAAUCCCUCAUUGUGCAGCAGUCAACGUUGACCCCUGUCUGGAGGCAAAAUCAAACAAACUAGUCCUUCUCUCCUUAAUAUCCAAGUGAGAUUGAACUAAUUUGUCUGAUAAAGUCAAACGCAGGCCGAUGGAGUCACAUACGAUGUGACGUGUUCGAAAAGAUAAAUGUGUCCUUAUUUGACUCUGGACUUCACCUCUGUUUCUUAGUAACUUUAAGUACUAGCCUGAGAGCCUCAAUGUCCGUCCCACGGUGGCCUAACGAGCUGGUUCCCACCGGGGCUGCUGUCAGCUUACUGUGUCGCAGACUGACUCCCUCUGAGAAUUAAUCUCUGGGCUUUAAUUCAUGUGUUUGUUCACAAAUAAGAACGAUUAUUCAAGGGAAAAAAACAACAUGAAAUGAUUGUAAUAUUUGUAAAUGAUCUUGCUGUAAUGUGUAAAAUGUGUCCAAGUUAUUUUUUAUUAUAUUAUUUUUAUGAAAGUUUUUUUUUCCUCUUGACAGAGCUGAGGUGUCAUUUUGUGAAUAAAUGCAUUUAAUAAGCAAACAUCUAUAUAUAAAACUAUUAAAGUAUAUCAGUAUAUUUUUCUUUUAUUUCACUGUUCAGUACUGUAAAGUGUGUUAAAAAUACAAAUAAAGUAAGAUUUUUAUAUUAAAUGCAA